AUGGACUAUGAUAUUUUGGAUGAAGGCGAAUCGUUUGAUAGUGAUGCGGUUGACGAAGAGUUGGAACAUCAAUUAUACGGUGCCAUAUUUUUUAGUACCAGCUCGCCUCCCUCGUCACUACUUGAAUCGAGACCAGAUCCUUAUUUAACUCAUCCUGAAAAUUCGCAAAACCUCGCUGUUCCGUCGACUCAGGAUGUUUCUCGUCAAGUAAAUCACACAAUUGUAACGAAGUUACCGGAAAUUGCGGAAGAUAUCGUACUAUGUUCACCCAAGAUCCAACCUAACGAGACGUCAGUCAGUUCAAAAUUAGACGCGGCUAUCAAUGAACCUGUCGGAUCCGUCUUAGUUUCUUCCUUCAAAGAUCAUUCUAGUUCUGAAUGUGAUGAAGGAUUUGAGCAAGAAUGCACCGAGGUGGUGGUGGCCGAUAGUGUUUCAUCCACAGACUACUUCACGGAAGAGUCGGAUUGCGAAUCGAUUUCGAGUGUCAACGUCCGGCGUUCAAAGCUGUCUAGCAGCACCCCUAAGAGUUCCAAGGCUCUACCGUGGGGUGGGGAAAACAUUGUACUUGGUGUAUCUAAAGAAGGAUCCACAAUUGUUUGCAAUGCUGAAGAUUCUCAAGUCAUUGCGCAGCUUUUGGAAUCCAGUAGCAAAGAUCCCAGUUUUUGGCGCGUUAGUCACGAGGAUCGAAUGCUAAGCCGUUCUCGGCGUUCUCGAGACCGUUACUUUAAUGAUUCCAAAAACUCUGUGUGCUCCAAGUGUGAGAAGAAGGGCCACCUCGCAGUCGAGUGUCGUAAUCUAUGUACGGAACUGUGGCGACAAUAUCGAUAUACGGUAGAGCCCGGCAAACCAAAGCCAAUCCCGCGCAAAAUGGAAAUCCAGCCGGGUGGUUGUUGCAAUUGUGGCAAUCGUGGACACACGGUCGAUGAAUGUCGUCGAAAACCUUUCCGUUCUAACUUUCUUGGUCCUCCUCCACGUCGUCGCGUUCUGGUUUACGACCAAAAAGAUAUAUACAAGCGAUCGGGGGCACACAGAAAUCUCGCAUCGGGUCGAGAUAAUGUGGUAACAAAAAAGAAGGCUUCUAAAAGGGUUCAGGUAGCUUCUACAAAGCAGGAAUCUGGAACAAAGAGAGACCGCGAUGUGAUCGGACAGGAAAAGAGCAAAAAAUCGAUUGAUAUAGAAUCACGUAAAGGCAAAUCUGUAAAAAAGAAGAAGAAAAAGGUAGCGAGCGAAAAUCUUCCAAUGAAUCCAUGUGAACAAAGUUUGGCGAAUGUGGAGCGAUCAGUCAACGAGAAACUCUUUGAACAAAUUUCAAAUCAGUUAUGUGAGAGUCAGCAGGAACCUGAUGGAUCAGUUGAAACACCAACCACGUCCGGUUUUCAGCGAAGGCCAUCCAUGGAUGGAGCUGCUUUCCUUCCGUUAGAAUCUACUGCUACUCCGGUUAGUCAAAAGCGAUCAUUUUCGUCUCCUUCACCUCGACAUUGGUGCGGUCAGAGACGUGAUAAGCGUUUUCUUCACGAUCCCGGGUUCUCCCCAUUUACCUGGAUCAAUGAACGCACUGCUGGAAACAGGCUCAACGAUGAACGGAUCCCCCUUAACGAUGUCGACGUGGAGGACCGUUCCCGUUCUGAACCGUUGUUUUCGUAUCCACGACCGAAAAAGUUUAUUAAGAAGCGAAACCGUUUUCCGGUGGAGGACACAGCUCAUCCCAGUACGAGUGCGAAAGUGAACAAAUCCUGGGAAUUGUCUAAGCCACCCAGUGGCAAAAAGUUGGGUGAUCCAGGUUCUCGCAAACUGGACAGUGAACAACGGAAAUCAAAGGACAUGAAGUCCAAAAAGAAAUCUGUUCACAAGAAACCUAAACAGACAACUGGUGCAGAUGUAGUCCCCAAGCAGAAACGCAACUCCCUUAUUGGUCUGAAGCUUCUUCUGGUCGAUUCCAAGCAGCAGUCAAGCUCGCCACUGGUCGGAAACACUUCUGUCACUGCGUAUGAAACUUCUGAAAAAUCGGGUCAAGCGGAGAUGAUAAAGAAGAAGGAGAAGAAGAUGCACAAGAAGAACAAAAAACUAAAAACCGAAAGCUCACAGUCGCAUAACUUGACUUCAUCACAUGCCUUACCGCACACCAAUCCCCGUGGUUCAGCUGAUUGGAAUCAUUUUUUGCGUGAAUCAACUCGAGUGGAUUCAUGGGAACAUUGUAACGGUUUUCUGUCAAAUACAGCGGCUAACUCAUCAAACCCCGAAAACCAAAAGAAGAAAAAGAAGAAAUUAAAUAAUAUUGAAAAGUACUGCGAAACCAAAGGUAAAAAGAACAAGAAGAAGGCAAAAGUAUUAGCACGGCCUGUUGACUAG